CUCCGGCGUUCGACCAGACGCGCACUACUGCCCUGCCGCUGCAAAUUGUUUGCCAUCUGCUGGGAUCUGGGCGUCAGCUGCACCCUACGGGACCUCACCAACCUGCACCCUACGGGACCUCACCAACCUGCCUCAACACUGUCCACCAGUGAGGUCGUCCGCACCACCAUCAUGCCGCGCAUGGGCUGGAAGCUCUCUGGCUCUGAGACCCUCAAAGUCCCCCUAGCGAAGCUGUCCGUCCGCAUGGCCACAUCCAUGCAGCUGGACGAUGUGGCCACGCGGCGGGCGGACCUACACGAGGAUUAUGAGCGCGCGGCACAGGGCCUGCCGCCGCGCGCUGUGGUGCGGUGCGAGGACCUGCCAGCAGCUGCGGCUGCGUGCAACGCUUGGCGCCAUUAGGGACACCCUGGCGCGCCUUUGGCAGGAGGUACGAAAUAAUUCGCAUAUGCCGUUGGCUCGCCGUGAGCCAUGCGGAUGUGGGCAGCACGGCCAUGGGGGCACCGCGGCGGGGGCACACGCCGCCGCCGCGCCCACGCCACGGCAGCACCACUUCUGGGAUUGCGCGGUGGCGAAGGCCGUGGUGGCGCACUUCAACGCACACAACCCCGGUCCGGCUCCCAUCAGCCAAGCCCAGCUGUGGCUGGUCCAGGCGCCGCCGGGUUUUCAGCAGCGUGUUUGGGACGUGGUGGUGAUGGCGGCGCUGGCCGCCACAGAACAUGGCCGGGUGCGGCUGCGCGGGAUGACGCGCGCCACAGCGGCCCUGGGAAUUCAGACGGCGGCGGCAGCAGCUCCCGAGGCUGCGGUGGCAGGUGCAGUGGAGGCGGAACCCGAUCUUGACGUGAUCCCACCCACACAGCUGACGCCGCCGCAGCCAGGCGUCAACCCCGUCGAGCUUGCGUGCGCUCGCGCAGUUGCGGACUUCUGGUCGCGGCUGAUGCAGUUCGCGCAGCUCGGCGUGCCCCAAAAGGGCUGGGAUGGUGUUGACGCCACUCACCCAUCCUGGUGGUGGUGAACGGUGUUAUGCUGUGCGCGUUGCCGCAAGCUAUGGAGCUGGAGGCUUGAAAGGGAUCAGCCCUUGGGAGAAGCGCGUGAGCACUAACAUGAGCCAUUGAAGCAGUGGCAGACGAGAGGGUCAGCGGGGGAGCUUAGUGGGCAGGCGAAGGGGUUUUCUGUUUUACGCCCGUGGGAGCAGGGCCAGGUUUGCGGGGUUUUAUGCCUGAGAGGGUGUAUUGGGUGCUGCAGCACCCCGGGCCUUACGGCCUGGACCGGCCUAGUGGCCAGACGCGUUUGUGGCUGCCCUUAGGCAUAGUCAGCCCUGGCGUCGAGAGCUGGUUAGGUUGCGGUUGAGGUCGUGCAGGCUGCGGGGUCGUAGGACUCAGCCCCGCAGCCACUGUGGUCGUGCUAUUGUAGUAUGAUACCGUAGUCGGCAAAAGACACAUCUAGAUGCCCCAGGGCGCCGUCCGCAGGGUUAUAUACUUGUGUCAUAGAACUUCCGUGUUCCGCCCACAGCAAUCACGUGCUGUCGCGUGCUGCGUGCUGUGUGUUUUGUUAUGUUCGCUGUUUUUGUUUUCUGCCCGGUUGGUCUUAAGAAUGCGGAUGUUACAGAGGGGAC